AUGGCCAUUUUGACAGACAGGCAGACAGACCGGCAGACAGACCUGGAUGGUUCUGUGCGGCAUCUGACAGAUGCUUCAGAAGUAAAGUUGGAAGAACUUCCUUUCAAGGUACCAGCCAAGGGGCGGACAGCCAGCUCCCUUUACACACCAGAGACACAAGGUCCUACCCUACCUAAGUUAAGUACCAGUGGCUGGGUCGGAAGACCAAAGCAGACAGUGGAAAUCCAAGGACAGUUUUUGGAUUCUACAGUUGUGGACUUCGUUACAGACGGGAGCUUUUUAGACUUGCCUUUGAAUUUCUCUGCAGAAUCGAAAAAAUCUGAAGUAACGUUUUUACACAACAUGGAUAUACGUGAACGCUUUUAUGGUUUUGCCUCCAUUCAUGGUUUUGCAAACGCAGAAAGCAAAGUGUCCCUUGGCUCAUUGGGUAUGGAUAAUUUACCUGACUGCAGUAUGAGUUCAUUAACGGGACGAUCUAAAAGGAAACGCGUGAUCACCUCAAACCAACGCCGUGCGGCCAACAUCAGAGAGAGAAAAAGAAUGUUCAGUUUAAACGAAGCCUUCGAUGAUCUGCGGAAGAAGGUUCCCACCUUUGCUUACGAGAAAAGGUUGUCAAGAAUCGAAACUCUGCGCCUCGCUAUCUUGUAUAUCUCCUUUAUGUCUGAACUCUUAAACAAAAGCGAAAAACAAUAA